AUUUAUAGAAGACAAAAUCUUGGAAGAAAGAUCUUAUAAUUUGAAGGGAAUCUUCAGGCUAGAGGUUAUCUUCAAUUAAGUAUGGAACAUUACCAAUUCUAUCGUAGUUGGAUGUAUGAUAGAAUGUUUCCUGGACGACGUGGGCUUAAACCACUUUUUAUGGAAGGAGUUGCCGCGUUUCUCUCGUAUGCGUUUGCUCAAGAAUGUUGUCGCAGGGAAGGAGGGGUAAGGUGUCCGUGUUUAAAGUGUGGUUGCAGAAAUAUUAUUAGUGACCCUAGUGAAGUGAAGCGUCACUUGGAGAGAGUGGGUUUUAGGCCAAAUUAUUGGGUUUGGACAUCUAAUGGGGAAACAAUGCAGGAGAUGAAUAGAGAGGCUUCUAGCAGUCAAACACAUAUAGAACCAGAUAUAAAUAGAGUUGAUCCAGGGAGUAGUUCAUCACAUAUGCAGUGCCAGGAGCAAUUUAAUCUCGUCGAGGAGAUGUUCACUGACGCAUUAGGGGUGAAUGUGGCGUAUGAUGAACCACAAGACUUAGAUGGAGAAGAACUCCCGAAUGAGAAAGCUCAAAGGUUUUAUCAGCUGUUGAAAGAAAUAAAUAUACCAUUGUUUGAGGGGUCUUCUGACUCUAAGCUAUCAAUGUGUGUGAGACUUUUGGCUGCGAAAUCAAAUUGGAAUGUUCCUGAUCAGUGUUUAGAAUUCUUUGCGAGAUUGAUGUUGGACGCGACUCCUGUGAAAGAAAACAUGCCUACAAGUUAUUAUGAUGCAAAAAGGGUGGUGUCGAAGUUGGGAUUAGAAGUUAAAAAGAUUGAUUGUUGCAUUAGAGGUUGCAUGUUGUUUUAUGACAACGAGUUUGGUACAAAUGAUGGGGAAUUGGAGGAAUGUAAGUUUUGCGAGAGUCCGAUGUAUUUAGUUAGCAGUAAAGGAGUUGACCAAAGGCAAAAUCGCGUUGCAGCGAAAUCUAUGUUCUAUCUACCAAUAAUACCUAGGUUGCAAAGAAUGUUUGCAUCAAUGCACAGUGCAAGCCAAAUGGCAUGGCACCAUACAAACAGAAUUAGUUCAGGCAUGAUGCGACAUCCAUCUGAUGGCGAGGCAUGGAAACACUUUGAUAGAGUUCAUCCUGAGUUUGCACUUGAACCUAGGAAUGUCCGACUUGGAUUAUGCUCAGAUGGUUUCACUCCUUAUAAUUUUUCAGGAAAUGCACAUUCUUGUUGGCCAGUUAUUGUUACCCCGUACAAUCUCCCUCCUGAGAUGUGCAUGACGAAACCUUACAUGUUUUUGACAUGCAUCAUUCCGGGACCGUCGAGUCCAAAGGCUGGAAUCGAUGUUUAUUUGCAACCUUUAAUUGAUGAUCUCAAGAGGCUGUGGGUGGGAGCGUGGACUUAUGAUGUGUCUCGUAAACAAAAUUUUAAUAUGCGAGCGGCUUUGAUGUGGACAAUUAAUGACUUUCCUGCAUAUGGCAUGUUGUCUGGAUGGGGUACACAUGGUAAAAUGGGAUGUCCGCAUUGCAUGAAUCACACAAAAGCGUUUACUUUGGACUUUGGUGGGAAAAGUUCGUGGUUUGACUGUCAUCGUAGGUUCUUACCUACCAACCAUGAAUUUAGAAGGAAUAAAGAUGCUUUUAGAAAAGGAAUAAAAGUAAAAGAUCUACCUCCCCCUCGAUUGUCAUCGACUCAAGUAUGGAAUAAUGUUUAUGACCUACCAAAAUUCACAGACUAUGGUGAAGCACGUAGAAUUAAAGGAUAUGGGGUUGACCACAAUUGGACAAAAAGAAGUAUCUUUUGGGACCUCCCUUAUUGGAAGGAUAAUUUAUUGCGUCAUAAUCUUGAUGUUAUGCAUAUUGAGAAGAACUUUUUUGAUAAUGUGCUUAACACGGUGAUGGAUAAUGAGAAGACAAAAGACAAUGAGAAGGCUAGGAAAGACAUGGAACUUUAUUGUAAUCGAAAAGAAUUGGAGUUGAAACCUCGACCAAACGGAAAAUUAUUAAAACCCAAGGCUUGUUACACUCUUACUCCCCAAGAAGCAAAAGCUGUAUGUCGGUGGUUAAAUGAAUUGAGGAUGCCUGGUGGUUAUUCUUCUAACCUGGCAAGAUGUGCUGACGCCAACACUGGGAAAUUGCAUGGAAUGAAAAGUCACGAUUGUCAUAUUUUCAUGGAACGAUUACUUCCAAUUGCAUUCAGUUCACUACCCAAGAAUGUGCUUAAUCCACUUACUGAGAUCAGUCAAUUUUUUAGAGACAUUUGUGCUUCAACUUUAAGAGUAGACGACAUCAUUAAAUUGGACCGAAAUAUUCCUGUCAUUCUUUGCAAGUUGGAGCAAAUAUUCCCGCCAGGUUUCUUUGAUUCUAUGGAGCAUCUCCCUGUGCAUCUUGCUUAUGAAGCUUUUCUAGGUGGACCUGUUCAAUAUAGAUGGAUGUAUCCAUUUGAACGAUUCAUGGGUGAUUCAAAGCGAUCAGUUAAAAAUAAGGCACGAGUUGAGGGAUCAAUUUGUGCACAUUAUAUACAUCGCGAAAUAUCACAUUUUUGCUCUCAUUAUUUCAAUCACAUGAUGUUGUCUCCAAGAAUCAUAAGGAACGAAGUUAACUUCAGUGAAAGAAGUCAAUUUACCUUAUCAGUUUUCGGUCGUCCAGGCCGUCCCGCAGGGAAGAAGAGUGAGCAUUGGCUUUCACAAAAAGAAAUGCAAUCUGCUCAUGUUCAUGUGCUGAUUAACUGCAUUGAAGUUAAACCAUAUCUUGAGGCAUUUGGUACCUACUAUUAUCAAAGCACAGGCGAACAACCAUCGACUGGUUACACACAUGCCUAUUUUCCAACAUGGUUUAAGCAGCAAUUAUCAUGUAUUGUUACACUAAGUCCUGACUUAAUACAUUUGCGAAAUUUGUCUGAAGGCCCUAGUCAACGUGUAAAUGAAUGGCACACAUAUUUUGUAAACGGUUACAAAUUUCACACUGAGGAAUGGAGUGUAGGGAAGAAAACCGUAAACAGUGGUGUAGUCGUAAAAGGAGUUACAGAGGGUGGUGAGGACGACUUCUAUGGGGUUAUCACACAUAUUUACGAGUUGGUUUAUAAUUAUAUGGACUCGGAAAAUAAAGUUGUCUUAUUUUAUUGUGAUUGGUAUGAUCCAUCUUCUAGAGGAACAAAAAUUGAUAAAAAGUAUAACACUGUUGAGAUUCGAAGAGAUAGAAAGUACAAAGAGUAUGACCCUUUCAUUAUGGCACAUAAUGUUAGGCAAGUUUAUUAUGUACCUUAUCCUUCAAUUACCCCACGGAAACGAGAAUGGUGUGUUGUAAUCAAGUCCAACCCAAUGGGUCACAUUGAGACUGAUGAGUUAAUGGAAGAUGUUGCAUACCAACAUGAUGAGAUUUCACCUGUUAAUGAGGUAAUUGAAACUGAGGAGAUUGUAAGUUUGUGUGAUACUGCAGUUGAGGGUCAACAAAUUGACGCAAGUAUCUUGUUGUCAACAAAUCCUAUGGAAGAAGAGCAUGAAGAGCUAGGAGAGUCUGAAGACAAUAAUAUCAGAUGCGAUGAAGACAACGAAGAUUAUGAUGAUGAAUGA